UGCCCCGCGCUGAGGGGAGCGCGGCCGCCGCCAUGUCCCAGGCGGACCCCGAGCAGCUCCUGCGGGAGCUGGACGGCUGGGACUGGGAGCUGUGCCGCCGGGAGCUGCCCGCCGUGCUGCCCCGGCUCCUGUCAAUGUAUGCAGAGUCUGAGGACUGGACUGAGCAUAUUCGUAUUUUGAGGAUCCUGACCGAAAUGUUUUUGCCACAUAUCAGCCUUGAAGAUGUGGAACAAAGUUUUUUCUCAAAAGUAUUACCUAAGACUCUGCAGUUCUUUGAUAACUUGAUGUGUGAAUUAUGCAGCAAGGCCAAAGGACUGAGCAGCCAGAGCACAGAGCUGUGCAGCACUGUGAGGAAUCUGCUCCAGGCGGUGGUGCAGCUGCUGGAGACGCUGACGGGCUGCGUGCGCUGCCUGUGCUCGGCGCGGGAGCUGUCCCUGCGCAGCAUCCGCUCGCUGCCCCCCUCCCUGCUCCGCGUGCUCAAAAGCACCUUCACUCACUGCAAGGACAGUGAAUCAGUGUACUAUGGGCACCUGCACUUAAUUUCUGACCUCCUCCAAUCCAUGUUCAAGGAAACUUACUCCCUUCAGAAACAGCUGAUGGAACUGAUUGAUCUGAUUUCCAUAGACUCUGCUUCCACUGAAGAUGACAUCACAUAUAUGGUGUCAGUAAUCCACACUGUGCUGGAGAUCUGCUCUGUCAUUUCCAAUAUGGACCAUGCUCUUCAUGCCAAUACAUGGAAGUUCAUCAUCAAGCAAAGCCUGAAGCAUCACUCCCUGCUGCAGGGCCACCUGAAGCACAGUGACAUCCUCAGUGGCCUGUGCAAGGACAUUCUUCUGUCUUUUGACUCCUGUUUGCAGCUGGCUGAGCAAAUGAAGGUGUCAGAAGUACAGGAGGGCACUGACUUCAGGCUGUUCCAGAAGACAGUGAAACUGUGCAGGUUCUUUGCUAACUCCCUUGUACACUACACCAAGGAAUUUCGUGUCUGCCUCUCUGAUUCCUGUUCUCAGUUACAUCAGCUCUUUCUUCAGAUCUACAGCAAAUUUCCUCCCAGUCUUUAUGCUCCAGAGAUGUUGGAAGUUCAUCAAGAUGAAAUAUCCCAGGUUUUUCUUGUGGCUCUGGACCCUCUCAUCACCCAGCUCCUUCCCUUUAGUCCUUUCAUGGAACAAGUGUUAAGUGAAAAUUUAGGUCUCCCUCCUGAGCAGCAGCUGCCCCAGUGUCUCCUCCUGCUUACCAUAAUGGACAAGCUGUCCUCUCAGCCAGAAGAAGUGCAAACUCUCUGGAACACAGGAAAAAGCCUGUCUUUGUUGUCAGCUCUGUUCCUCAGUUUCCAGCAGUGUUGUGUGGAGCUUUCUCUCCCUGUGUGUUUGCCACAGGUGCUCAGUCCAGGACAGCCAGCAGUUCCCAUCAGCCUCUACCACUAUGUGUGUGUCCACCUGUGCUCCUUCAUUGCUUCCACACUCCCAUCACACUUCCCUCAGCUGGAGCGUGCCCUGCUGGAAGCUGUGCUGGGUUCCAGUAUGAUCACAUCUCUGCUGGCAAUGGACUCCUGGUGCUUCCUUGCCAGGUAUGGAACAGCUGAGCUCUGUGCUCACCACGUUAAUGUCAUUGCCCACUUGGUAAAGGCUUGGCCCAGUGACUGCUGCCAGGCCCCUGCCCUGGCUGUGCUGCUGAGGAGAAUGCUGUUCCUGAUGGCUCCAGAGCAUCAGGUGGAAUUUGCUCGUGAAUUUCCCCCUGAAGAGGCGGAGAACCUGGCUGUGUGGCAGCACGUGUCCCUCAGAGCCCUGAGCGCUGACCUCAGGGCACGAGUGUUGUCUCAGCUGUGCUCGGCGGGGCUCCAGCGGUGCCGGCAGUGGCUGAGCAGCGGCCGAGCCUUGGGAGGGCUCCCCCCUGUGAACACUGCCCUUUCUGCCCUGCUGGCUGCCUGCACUUCUGCUGAUGCCACUCUGGAGGCAGAACUUCAGAAUUCUGUCCUGGGAAUGCUCACUCAGUUCUGGUCUUUUCUCCAGGCUAAGCAGGUCUCAGAUGAGCCAUGUCUCCAGAAGACACUGUGUUUAUUGCUUCACCUUUUGGAGGUUUUCAUCCAAGCAUUAGAUGCUCAACUGAUGACCCAGGUGUUUGCACUGCAGUCCUCCCUGCUCCAGCUGCAUCCCCCUGAUCAUGUCCGUCUGGCCAUGCUGGAUUUUCUCUCUUCCAUGGGAAAGGUCUUUAUUCCACAAGAGGCACAGAGGCAGGUUGUGCCCCAGCUGUCCUGUCUGUUUGCCUCUCUGCUGGCUGACCAGACCUGGCUGAUUCACCAGCACGCCCUGGAGGCAUUCACACGUUUUGCAGAGGAAACAAGACAUGAAGAUGUUGUUCCUUGGUGCCUUAAUUCUGAAGAAGCCAAGAACAAAGUUGUUAAUUUUCUGGAUAAGACAAGGCAGGUGGAGGAGACAAGAGAAGCACGAACAGAACGCCUGAAGCAAGAAAGGAUCACCUGGAGUGCAGCACAGGUUUUGAAAGUGGAUGGAGAAUUGGAGUCAACAGGAGAGCCUGUGGCCAAAAGAGCCUGUCACCCACCCUCUGAGGAGCAGUACAAGGCAGCAGUGGGCACCAUGGAGGGAGCAGUGGAGGCUGUGAAGCUGCUGCUCCAGAAAGGGCCCCCCCCAGGCUGGCUUGCAGGGAAGCUGGAGGCUCUGCAUGCAGCCAUGGCCACCCUCAGGGCCAGCGUGCGGUAGCUGCUCCUCAGGCCUUGGGGACAGGGACCAGCUCAGCUCCCUGGGGGAGGGAGGGAGGGAGGAGGUGCCUUUGUGCCAGGAGUGCUGCUGAAGAAAAGCUGUGCCAUGGGGCAGUGCUGUGUGUGCCAGGAUGGACUGAGGGGGGCAGUGCCAGCCUCUCCUGCACGGCCUGAUGGGUUUGAGUGCACUACCGGACACGGGAGCUGUGGGUUUGUGUAUUGCUUGUUCUUUUACUGUGUGCAGAUAAACAUUCCAUGACAUUGCAUUCUGAACACUGAAAGGUUUGAAUCUGUUGUAAAAGUAGCAGUGAUCUUGUUCCUGUCACAUGCAGGUACUCCACACUAGGGUGAUAAUUUAAAAAUAAUCUUUAUUGUUCUUUACAGUUAAGAGCAGAAAGAACAUGUCCUUAAGCAGUUUCUGGUUGGUCACUGAAUGGUUCCCAGCACCUCUGGUGCCAUCCAUUGACAGAACUAUACAAACAGAAAUAAAUAAGUUGAAUAAACUGUA